AUGCUCAUCUGUUAUAUACUCAUUCUGCUUUACCCGAUAUAUCUCUGGGCUUUGCCUGAAAAAUUGAUAUUGACACUCCUUCACCAUAGUUAUCUCGACAUCGAUAUCAAUUCGCUGUUAAUCAUCUGCUGCUUUACAAACUUUACGAUUCCUGCUGUUUUUGUUUGUUUGCCUUUCUUCCAAAGACGUGUUACUCAGCGUGCCUUUUUGAGCGAGUGUUUUGCCAGAAGUGCUAAUAUUGUGUAUAUAUUCAAUCGAAUGCUUGUUUUUAUGAAGAUUUCGCGCUCUUUGUCG